AUGUUGAUUCAUAUUAAAGUACUUAACAAUCCGGCAUUAGCCGAAAUUCAAUUAAAAGUAUCUCCCCUGGAUACAAUUCAAGAGUUAAAAUCUCGUCUUUCUGCCCAAUUAAAUAUUCCAAUAAAUGAACAAAAAAUAGUUCUCAAAGGUAAACCUUUACAUGAUGGUUUAAUACGAGAUUAUCAAAUAGUUGAUGGUUCAAAAUUACAUUUAAUCGUCUCAACACAGCAUUCAACAAUACCAAGUAAGCCGGUCAAUAAUGCAUUUGCAAAUGAACUUCAUAUAUUGGCAUCGAAAUGGAUUCAAAGUCCAACUGAACGUGACGCAUUUGUAAAUGCUUUUCAACAAGAAAUGAAAAAUGCUGUCGAUCAUCUCAGUUUAGAUGAUAUUGAAAAACUAUGCACCGAUCGAAUAAAUCAAUAUGUUUGA